AUGGAUUGGACCGAUUCGUCAAAGCCAUCAUCGUCGUCCUCGUCUUCUCCUGCCUCCGAUUCCCUCUCGUCAUCCAACUCGCGUCCGUCAACCCGUGCCCUGACUCGGCAGUCGUUGCAGCAGUCGUCCACCACCUCAACCUCGCCGGCGGCCUCACUCGUCCCUGUACCCACUCUUCCACACUCGAGAAGUGUCGUUGAGCCCGACACUAGCGCCGACUCUCCUUCCGACCUCUCGGCGGCCCCGGCUUCGUUGCGGCAGCGUCGCUCUUCACGCAAGCGAACAGCGUCGUCUCCCCUUCGCGCCCCGGCCGACCAUUCCGAUCACGCUGACAACACCGCUGCAGCUCACUCCCCUUCGUUGCUCGCUGCUCACAACAAGCGCGCUCGCCAAUCCAGCCUAACUGACGAUAACGUUGCCGAAGUAGCCGCAGCAGACACUCACUCGCCUCGUUCCCGCCGCUCGCAUACAUCGUCUCGAGAUCUUGCUUCGCGCUCAUCCGUUGCCGCUGCUUCGUCGUCUUCCUCGUCCUCCACUUCGCCAGUCUCGCGCCACAGCCCUCGUCGAGCUUUGAGUUCAUCUUCAGCCUCUCCAAUGGAUUCGUCCCCGCCGUCUGCCAAGCAACCAUCCAAGCCAGCAGCAAGCGAAACUGCAGCCUCGCCUGCAUCUGACGCCAAACCCACAAGCUCGGACUCUGCGGCUGCCACCAACACCACCACCACGACUACAACCACAACCAGCACUACAGCCACAAACACAACAACCACUAACAGCAGUACAGACACUUCCAACGCCAGUAGCACAACCGCCGCCAGUGAGCUCUUUGGCGAAGGAGGCGUUUCAGCGGAGCACCCGUUGCAGGGCCUGUUGCGCCGCCUCGGUGCCAAUCUCGACAACCUCGUUCAAAAUGCUGGCGACAACGGUGGUGGGACGCGGGGCUCGCGCUACCGUUCGCUGAUUGCCUCAAUCACAGACUAUAGCGAUGAAGGCGCGCAGUACACGUCGCUUGUCGAGCUGUGUGAAGUGUUGUCCAUGGGGACGGAGGAAACGCUUGGCUCGUUUCCUGUCGACGCGGCCAUUCCUGCACUGCUCGAGCUGUUGAACGCCGAGCACAACCCAGAAAUGAUGCUUUUGGCGUGCCGUGCGCUGACGCACAUGAUGGAGGCGCUCCCGGCCAGCAUUGCAAACGUUGUUCGGCAAAACGUGGUGCCUGUUCUCUGCGCCAAGCUGCUCACCAUUGAGUUUAUCGAUCUGGCCGAGCAGUCGCUCACGGCUCUCGAAAAGAUCUCGCACGAGCACGGACUGGCGCUCUUGCGCGCCGGCGGCCUUUCUGCCGUCCUGUCGUACCUCGACUUUUUCUCGACCAGCCUCCAACGAUGCUCGUUGGCCAUCGCCAGCAACAUUUGCCGAAGCAUUCCGCGCGACUCGUUCGGACUGGUGGAAGACGCCAUUCCAAUUCUCACCAAUCUUUUGCAGUAUCCCGACAAGAUUGUCGUGGAGCGAGCGUGUCUGUGUAUCGCGCGUCUCAUCGACAAUGCGCGCCGCGAUCGUACUCAAAUACAAACCAUCGUGUCGCACGGCUUGCUCCCGAACCUGAUGCAGCUCAUCGCUGCUGUGCCGCCGCUCGUCAGCUCUGGCACCUUCACCAUGAUUGUGCGAAUGCUGGCUUCCCUGGUCGGUGCAGACCCUGCUUUAGCCGCCACGCUGUUGCAAGAGUUGCAGAUUGCCAGCUCGCUGCGGCAAAUGCUCGCCACCGGCAGUGCCGUUGCAAGUGCAGCUCCAGCCACCGCUCCGGGAUCGCCCGCCACUCCGAGCCGCAGCUCAAACGCGAGCCCCGCUUCGUCGUCUGUGCCAAUCACACUGCCUGCAGAGCAACUCUACGAAAUCCUCUCGCUCAUUGGCGAACUGCUUCCUCCCUUGCCCGUGGACGACGCCGACCCACUCAAGCAGCGCGACUCGGCUGCGAGGGCAAUGCUGCAACGCGGCCCCUUUGGUCGUGAGCCUCGCAUUCGACGCAUCAGCGGCACUGAGGACGCUGCUCUGGAGGAAGAGGAGCCAGAAGCCUCGUCCACAUCAACCUCCUCUGCGACCGCCAACGCAACGACAGAGUUGGACCCGCGCACUGUACUUUACACUCAACAUCCAGAGCUCAUCACAUCCAUCGGCGAGUCGUUGCUGGCAACGCUGCUCGACGCCUAUCUGGCCUCUGUGAGCACGCUUGUUCGCCGCCUCUGCCUCUCCGCCAUCCUCAAAAUUGUUUUCUUUGCUCCGGCGCCUGUGCUGGUCGAGUUGUUGCGUGAUUUGGCCAUUUCUUCCUUUAUCGCGGGUCGGCUUGCGGCAGAGGACGAUUUGCUUGUGGUCGACGGACUUCGGAUGGCAACCAUUCUGAUGGAGAAGAUGCCCACCAUCUUUUCCGUGUAUUUCCGUCGCGAGGGUGUGGUGCACGAAAUGCAGCGGUUGGCGUCGACUGGUGGAAAGCACGAGUCUCGGACGGAUUCUCCCUUCAGUACGCCGACGCUCAAUCGCCGUUCGAGCGACAAGUUCAAGACCGCGGCAGCCACCACGCCUGCUGGUGAGUCGACAACCACCGCGGAACCUUCGCGAAAAUCCUCCCGAUACGCUCCUUCAAAGUCUCCUCGUACCUCGACGUCCAGCUCUGAAGCCGCUGCUGCUGCUGCUGCCGCACCUCCUCCUUCGCUCGCCCCGGUGCCGACCCUGCCUGCCUCGCCCUCGACCCCAGCUGCUGGCAAAGCUUCUGCGGAAAGCCCGGCUCGACCCGGCAGCAGCAGCAGCAGCAGCAGCAGCCGUACCCCUGCUGCUGCGUCAGGUCGGUCGCCGCAAUUUGCUGGGUUUAUCCAACUCCGCGCACAACAGGUCAUUGAGCGCUACUUUGACGCCUCCUCCGAGCUACAACACAGCGCAACGUCGUCUGCGUCCUCGCAAGUCCUCAAUCGGCUACAGGCAUUGGCAGAGCAGCUCGGUAAAGAGCCGUUCUCGGGCGACGGUGCCGCAACCACCUCGUCCGCAUCAGAUGCACAGCAGCGGGCGGAGGUCGUGGCCACCGGCCUGACGUCGCAGCGCAUUCGAGAAGCCAACGCACACGAUCUCUCUACUCUUCGGGACAUUCGCGGCAUCCUUGUAGAUCGCAAGGUCAACGUCUCGGCCUUUGAGUUGCACAACAGUCGCCUCGUGACCAGCUUGCUCCGCUACCUUGCCUCCCGAAAACUGUGUGUUCCGCACACCCAGCGCCUGGCCAACUUUUGCGACAUUUUCCUGGUCAGACCUGCGCUGCCGGACGCUGUCGACGGAGGCGCAACACCAAUGGUGACGGAUGAUGCUGGCGCUAGCGCCGCCGCACCAGCCGGGUACGGAGAGCCGGGCUUGAUGGCCCUCGUCCAGAAAGUGCAAGGCGCACUCAACAUGCAGGAGCGCUUCCGUAUGGUCGUCAGCGAAGCCUUCGCUUCAGAGGCUGCAGCAGCCGGAAGCGCCUCGGCCAGCAACAGCAGUAGUAGUAGCAGCGGUGAUAAUGGCGCAUCGGGCGGCAUGGUUGCCAGCCUUCGCGCUGGGCUCAAAUACCUGUCUCAACCAGUGAAGAUCCGACUGUCCAAACAACCCGACGAGCGCCGCUUGGGCGACUUUUCUUCCAACCUUGUGCUCCUCGAGCCGCUUGCCACAGUCCAAGCUGUCGAAGAGUUCCUUUGGCCCCGCAUCCAGCUCUCAGCCGAGCAAUUGGCAAAGGAGAGCCGCGAACAAGAACAGCAGCAGCAGCAGCAGCAGCAAGCGCAAAAGCCUGCUUCCCCGAUGGGUCGUGGCCCUGCUACUGGUCGUGCGUCGCCUUCGAGUUCGACCCCCUCGCCAUUUUCGCGCCGCCGAAAGCAACCUUCCGAGUCCUCUCAGAGCGAUCCCAUGCUCGUUGACGAGGACAGCAACCAAGAGCAGCCCGUGCUUGACGCCGGCGGUGACGAGGAGGAUGACGACGACGAGUAUGAAGACGAGCAUGACAAGUGCGAGGACCAUGACGACGACGAACAUGACGAUGCGCAGGAGGACGAAGACGGCGAUGACUCGCUCAGUGGCGAACUGCUCGACGUCGACAUGGACAUGGAGGUGGAUGAUGAUGGUGUGUCAGACCCUCAUCCUGACCAGUCUGCUGAUGUGCAACUUCCCGAUUCUGCGCCGUCCUUCUUUGGGCAGGCCCGCAAGACGUCUUCUUCCGACAAGACAUCUUCGUCCGACAAGGACAAGGAAAAGGGUGGCCGAGCGCUGCGUGCCGCACGCAGUCUCUCGUCGGAAGUCUCCAAGAGUGGCGCCAAGCAUCCAUCCCACUCUGCAUCCCCGAGUCGGUCCCUCUCGCACCCCAGCGGUACGACUGGCAGCAGUGUGUCUGCAAGCACCAGCGAGCCGUCGUCGGCAUCGCCCUCACCGAGCAGCCAACCCUUGCCGAAACUCUCGCCCGAAUCUCUGUGCAUCUUCCUGAACGGCCACGAGCUUAGUCGUAGCAUGUCCAUCUUCCAGGCCAUCCAACGUUUUGGUGCCCAGCACGCUCACCAAGAAAGUGCCAGCUCGUCAUCUUCGUCGACGUCAGCCUCGCAUCCACAUGUGCGAUCGCGGUUGAUGGGAGGCAUUCUCACCUUCACUUAUGGGCUGCGCGAUGUCCGUGCUGCAGCUCUGGCGCCGUCCAGGCAAGAGUCGGCGGCAGUGGCGAGCGGCGCGUUGGUGCGCACCUCGACAUACGCCAUUCCGCUGACUGUCUCGAGCUCGGUGGUGGCCUCGGAUCCAGCUGACGAUUGGGAUUCUCUUGAAAUCCAAACCACACUCCAGAGCCUGGCCAUGGCCCUUCCGUGCGAGUUGGAGGACGAAGAAGCCAACGUCAGCGACGCGCUCGCGCUGCUUCGAGCGUUGCAUGCCAUCAACAGCGGCUUCCGUGGCAUCUAUCAGGCGAACAUCAACCGCAUUGCCCAAGUUGCGGCGCGUUCGGUCGCUGGAAUGACCGAUGCAUCGGCCGAAGAGGGUGCGACUGCACUGACGGCUGCUAUUGGGAAAAUCCUGCAUCCGCCGCAGAGCACGAGCGAUGGCUUACUGGGUCUUGUCCCGCAGUCCAUUGCCCCGCUGCCGGCUCAAGAGUUUUCCAACACCAAGCUCACAGCCAAGCUCAUGCGCCAGCUGCAAGAUCCGUUCGUGCUGUUCAGCUCGACUCUUCCGCACUGGUGUGGCGAGUUGUGCAGGGCCGCCACCUUCCUCUUUCCCUUUGAGGCGCGGCAGACCUUCUUUUACUCGACGUCCUUUGGCAUUUCGCGCGCCUUGAUGCGUUUCCAGCAGAUUGCGCAGAGCUCAGCAGCUGUGGGUGCCGAUGGCCGUGGCCGACAGGGCGCAGGAGGCAAUCGCGACAAUGACUUCCGCAUUGGCCGCAUCUCGAGAACCAAGGUCCGCAUCGCACGUGCGCGCAUGCUGGAUUCGGCGGUCAAGGUGAUGGAGUCGUAUGCCAACUCCAAGUCCUUGCUGGAAGUGGAAUACUUUAACGAAGCGGGCACCGGACUCGGCCCUACCCUCGAGUUUUACUCGUCCGUGUCGCUGGCCUUCCGUCGUGUCGAGCUCAACAUGUGGCGUCGCGACUUUAGCCUGCCAUCAGCGACAACUGCGGCCAAGCCAGCUGAGUCUGAUGCGUCUGGCGAGGUGCAGUUUGAAAGUUUGCUUUCGGCCGCCUCGCUCGUCGAGACAAGUGAGGGUGAGGGUGCGUCUGAUCGCGGCAGUUCUCUUGGCCCCAAACACGUCUGGGCGGCCAACGGUCUCUUCCCGAGGCCGAUCGCGCCCUCUCUGUCAGCCUCAGACGCCGCAGUGAAAACACAAACCAAGCUGUUUGACACGCUUGGUCGCUUUGUCGCAAAGGCGCUGUUUGAUUUCCGCAUUGUCAAUCUGCCAUUCAGUGAGGUGUUUUACAAGGCUGUUCUCGGUCAGCCGCUCCUUCCUUCGGAUGUGGCUAUCGUUGACCCGGCACUUGCGCAGUCUCUCGACAAACUUCGUGCACUGAGUCGCGCUCACCGUGCCGUUGUCCACGCAGCGGCAGUGUCACCUGCUCAGCACGCUGAAGCGAUGGCAUUGCUCACUGUCGAUGGCGCCACCCUCGAAGACCUGUGUCUCGACUUUACUCUUCCCGGUGCUCCCGACAUUGAGCUCAAGCCCAAUGGUGGUGAUAUUGCCGUGACUCUUGGUAACCUCGACGAGUAUAUUUCGCUCGUUGAAGAUAUGAUCCUCAACACGGGUAUCGCUCGACAGCUCGAGGCCUUCCGCACGGGCUUUGCCGUUGUGUUUGAGGUUUCCAGCUUGGCCUACUUUAGCCCGGCAGAGCUUCACCUGUUGAUCAACGGCGCGCGUACCGAGCCUUGGGACAAGAAGACUCUCAUGGAAAGCUGCAAACCCGAUCACGGCUUUGUCAUUACGAGCCGGGCUGUGCAGCUCUUGUUUGACGUCUUGUCAGACUUUACCCCGCAAGACCAGAGCAAAUUUUUGCAGUUUGUUACCGGCAGCUCCAGUCUGCCAGUUGGCGGCCUGCAAGCGCUCAACCCUCCACUCACCAUCGUGCGCAAAACCCCGGAUGCUCCGCUUACGGCAGACGACUACCUGCCAUCAGUCAUGACGUGCGUCAACUAUUUGAAGCUGCCAGACUACUCCUCUCGCGAAGUGCUCGAAAAGCGUCUCCGCUUUGCCAUCAAUGAAGGCCAAGGCGCGUUCCACCUGUCUUGA